CACACACACACACACACACACACACACACACACAGUUUCCUGUGUCAUAACUGUGGCCGGAGUCGGUGGUACUUUUGUUCAGCAUGUAGGUUUUGUCUUAGCCUCAUUCGCUCGUGCUCUUAGUUGUCGAAACAUAAUCUAUGUGUAAGGAUUUAAGCGGAAAAAAAUCUAAUUAAGUAGGCCUACUGAUCAUCUGGAGUUGACGAAGACGGCUGUAUUUGACAGAACAAUUAAUGAUUAGAACUAGAAAACAGCCGCGGCAUCAGGACAGAUAGAUCACAGCAAAAAGGGAGGAGAGGAGCGGAGAAGAAAAGUGAAGGUAUAGGUUAUUCGUGAGAAACUUAGAACAACUGUGUUACAGUGUUGGGUCUACUGGCUGAGGGCAUAAGUGUGAUAGCCCUGUUGGGUUGAUACCAUGGCAGCAUCCUUGCCUGCGUACCAUGGGUCAAUUAGCAAGCUGGAAGGUGAGACUCUUCUGAGUGGGAAGGGCAAGGAAGGAGCCUACCUCAUCAGAGACAGUGAGACCAUACAGGGAGCCAUGUGUCUCUGUGUGUACAAACAGAAGGUGGUGUAUACCUACAGAUUACUUCAGACACACAAUGGUUACUUCACUCUUCAGGCUGCAGCUGGAGUGGAGGAGAAGUUCUUUAAGACCAUACAAGAUUUAAUCAGCCAUUACAAAAGGAGGGACCAGGGCCUGGCUGUUCAUCUUCGUCACUCAGUCAAAAGGAAGACUCUGCUUCAACUUCCGGCUCCCGUAGUACCAGACGAAGACAAUGAAUAUGAGAAUAUCCCUUCAGAAGACUAUGUCGAUGUCCUGCCUUCCUGACCAGCCCACCUGGAAGAUCUGUUUGAAGAAACCCAACUUCUGGUUUGGUGUAGGUCUACUGACCAUACCCAACUGACCAAAUGCCAAGAGAGUAUGAGGAUCACAGUGUCAGUGCUGAAACCGUAUUGUCCUCUUUGUGACUUUGACAGUUUUGUUUGUUUCUUGCUUAUAUUCAGAAGAUUGCAGAUAGUUUCAUUUAAAUGCUUAAAUGUACAAAUAUAUUUUCAAAAUGUAAUCUACGGAGGUUACAAAUGUAACCCCCCCUCCCCCCGUUUAUGUUCAAAACACUUUGUCACCAUGUUUUCACACCUUAACUUUCAUGCAGGCCAGUUUGCUUUCAGUUUGCUUUUCAAGUAUGAUUACAGUUUUUCUCAAUUGUUAAGACACAUUUCUUGAAUGUGUACCGUAUUUUCCCCAAACUCUAUACACACAUCUUCAUACUUACACUGUUUUGGCCAAACCCUUGACUUUUGACCCAAAAUCGAACACUGUCGUAUAAACCUAACUUUGCAUUCAAAAUACCCACAAAGCCCUCAAAUUCAUCCUUCUGAAUACUCUUUACACACUGCUGGGAGGAAUUGAAAACACCAUUAUAAAGAGGUUUUCAAGAACCAUUGACUAUAACAUGUACCUGAAUUUAAAAUAUGUUUCAGCUCAUGAGUUUGACAUGAUGUAAAUCAUAAAACUCACAAUUACUGCAAUUGUCCUUCUUACAGGCUGUUUAUUUUCAAUUUACAUUAUACAGCAAUUGCAUUUUGAGCUCUUGUUACUGUAGAGGUCACAGUAUACAAAUAGUAGUACUGCACAAAUGUAUUGCUGCAAAGUGUAAAGCUGCACAUUGUAAUUUGGGGAACAAAGGCUGAGAAAACAAGGAAAAAUACAAAUUAUUUUUACCCGGAUAAUAGAGCUUGGGUACGCAACAGUACUGUUCAUUCUGGGUCAGUAGCAUCCUAUCUCUGACUAGGGUCAGGCCAGAGAUUUUCCUCAACAUCACAGGCAAUGUUUUCCCAAGCCAAACAGCAGGGAAAAUGCCCCUGAAUGCUUGAGCCAUCCCUGACAAGACUCCACAGCAAUGUCCCAUAAGCUUCUUCCAUGGCUUGGAGAAGGUUGUUCUGUCAAAGGGAUUUCUGUCAUAGUGUGGCAUGGAUCUCAUUUGAGAUUGGUUGUUCCUCUGACUCUUCAUCUCCCUUGUCCACCUCCUCUCAUUCUGACAUUUCUGACAAUUCUGCCUCUUCCUCCGAUAUUUGCAUCCAUGAUUUCAAAGUACAGAUGAGUUACCUUUGUAUUCAUUCCAAACCCCAGAUUGCUUGUUAACUAUAUUUGCUUGUUAGUGCUUACACAUGGAUAAUUGGUUGUUAAGGGUGUUUGAAUUGCGCUGGUUUGGGUUUACUUAUCAAACUGCAGUAUUUUCUGAAUGACAUAAUGGUGAUAAUUGUGUCUUAAAGUGAGAGUUGUGUUUAGACUUUUGCAAAAAAAGUGUGAAUGAACCUGACAAAUGUGUCAAAAAGGGUAAAUUGUGUUUAAAAAUUGGGGUACAUGGUUUUUCUGCUAGGAUUUGGCUAAAUGGUUUUGUGAGGAUGGCUUUUUUGUGUGUUAGCAAUCGAGAAAAACUUAGUAGCCUAUGGCUCAAGUUGGUUAAUUUUCAUUAUUUAAAGUGUAGGAGUCUCUUAGUGAUGUGGAUUAGUGAGCUGCCUACACCUAAUAAAAAAACUGAGCUGUGUGAAAAAUA